UGCACACGGACAGCGUCAUAUGUAAAACGGGAAGUACAAACCGAAAGUAGAAUCGCUGUGACAUUUCUCGGAACUUACGAGCAGCCUAAGAACGCCCAUUACUAUCGAACCGAUCAAUAUAAGGCUCCUACUCAUGAAGUGACAUGACGGAUGAUGUCUAACGGAUCACACGACUCUCAUAAUGCUCUGGAACGAAACUGUCGGCCGGAGUGGGCCCUGUGGACAUGCGUGGCGGCCAACAUAUGUGGUUUGACCAGCACCACGCUGUGGUUCCUAGUCCUGUUACCACAGGUAUACAAGAACUUCCGCCGGAAGUCCGUCUUGGGACUCAGUAUACUGUGGGCGACUGCUAACUUUAUAGCUUCAUUAGUUAAUAUUUUCUUUGUGUUUCUUUACGCCAGCCUACCCGUAUAUUCAUCAAUUAACGCCGUGUACAUGCCAAUACUGGAGUUCACCAUACUCGUUCAGUUUUGGUUGUAUAACUCGGAGUUCUCAAAGAAAGCUAAAUACUGCUAUGCUGCUGGUUGUGCGGUCAUUUGGGGUACCAUCAUUACAAUACAACUGACAACACGAAUGUUUGCCGAGAUGCAAUGGGUAGCCAUUACACUCUGGUGUGUGGAGACUUUACCACAGAUUGUCCUUAAUCUGAAAUUACGCUCCACUUCCGGUCAAUCGACACGCUCUGCAGUGAUAGCAACGAUUGGAAAGAUGACGGACUUCCUGGCGACGUACGGUUUAGUAAUUCCUUUGCAGUAUGUGGUGAUGGCAUAUUUCUCUAGCUCUGUUGCCUACGUCAACGGUAUCCAGAUAGCUUGGUACUAUCGAAAAGGAAACUAUGGGGUCUCUGGAACGCCAACACCAACCCAUCAAAAUACUGCAUUUAUCGAGGGAAGCGCGCAGGUGUACGACGUUCAAAGUGAGGGCAAUGGCGGCGACGUAGUGCAGUCUGAAGAUGACGUCGAAUACACGCCGCUUUGUUCCAGUAUCGUCGUCAGGUGGCGCCACCCGAAUUUAUCGCGAUUGUGUUUUAUAAGAGGAGUUGUCAUUGGCUUUCUUGUUUCAGCAUUGGUACUGUUCUUGUUUGGCCUUGUCGUAGUGACCGCUUCCGCUUAUAGUUCAAUGGCUCCUAUAUCCAUAGCAUCUGUCCUCGCGUUUGCCUAUAUGUAUUACCAUACUGCCAUAGGUCAGAGGUGUCGACAAAUUUGUAUCAACACGUGUCGGAAAAAGCCAAAUUAGGUGAUGCAAUUACUAGAAAUUAAUAAAUGUUAAAGGUUUACACAACUGAUGUGUUGUUGUGUGUAUGUGACUGCAUGAGAUAGUCAUACUCCUAUAACAUAAGAGGCCGCUGGUCGGCUCUUUUUCUAUCGGAUAUUAUUUUGCCGACUGCCGUGUAAAACCUCUAACAUUGUUGGAGUAGAGAUAGUCACUUACCUCGGUAUUAGCUUAUUCAGCAGGGACAGAAUACAAUUAAGCUGUGUGAUCAGCGAGAUUAUUACAAUUUCUCAAUUGUUGAUUUUCCAUUUCUAGAUAGCAACAUCCCUGCUCAUUACUUAGGUGUUUGCAUGUCUCGGUUGAUCCGACAUUUAGGACGUGUUCCCAUCAUCACGACUUCCGUGACAAUGUCGACUAAUGACGGAGAAAAUGAGGUCUCGAUAGAUGCAGGUUGAUGAAGUCCCCGGGAAAGUUCUAUUUCCUUUUGCGAUAUGAAUCCAUACAUUUUCGAUGCUGGUUAAAAUAUCUAGAGGUUUCAUUGUCACUGCCAUAGCUUUCAUUUGAGGAUUUGAUCUAGUUCGCAUGACUGGUGUCUUCGAUGAAGACGCCGCUUAGUCUCCCGAAAACCUGGAUUUGUUCUUGUACUUUUCCAUAGGUCUCCCCACCUUGGUGGCGGGAGGUCGGGAAGCUCGCUAUCCGGCCCGACUGACCAGCCGGACAAUGUGGUCUAUCCUCUUGGGUGACGGAGGUCACGCAACUCGCCGGCCCGACUGACCAGCCGGGCAAUGUGGUCUAUCCUCUUGGGUGACGGAGGUCACGCAGCUCGCUAACCGGCCCGACUGACCAGAUGGGCAAUGUGGUCUAUCCUCUUGGGUGACGGAGGUCAGGCAGCUCGCUAACCGGCCCGACUGACCAGCCGGACAAUGUGGUCUAUCCUCUUGGGUGACGGAGGUCAGGCAGCUCGCGAUCGCUGACUGGCCCGACUGAGCAGCCGGGUAAUGUGGGGUGGUAAUGUCGUCUUCCCAUCAGGGUAGCGGGAGGCAAAUUAUUUACAUAAAACAGCUUGAUCAAAUAAAGUUAAUUAAUCUACA